UUGUUUUCUUUUCUUUUUUUAGGAGCGAUCACGGACGGACAUGCGUUUCUUAAUGCACGAGAUGGCUUUUAAAUAUCGGCUCUGUGUCCUGCGUUAUCGUGGAUGAAUCCAGGCUAUGUGUUUAUUAUUGUGGAGAUAGCGGAUCGGCUGCGUUCCUUCGCGCUUGAAGGUGGAGGAGGAGUUGGCUCUUGGUGGAUGGCAGAUGGCAGAUGGCAAAGAGAUCUGGAGGAUGCGAUGGACACGAUUACCGCGAUAAUCACUGCAACUGGUGGGCGUUAAAUCAGCACGAAUUUGCUGGACCAUGCAGGCUGAUGUGCUCCUCUCUUAAGUGAUCUGUCCGUCAAAAAUGCCACGGAGCUCUAGAAGCAGGGUGGAGAAUGUCAGGGUGGAGAAAGCCUACACCCGUGGAAUGACUAAAGGUCAAGUAGUAUAGGGAAAGUCAUGGUUUGGAAAUGAACAGGAAAGCACAAUCAGUAUGGUUGUCUUUAUUUUGCCAACUCAUGCGGAUGUUAAGGCAUCUUCAGUGAGUGAUACCCAGCAUUGAUUGUCCAAACCAAAGGACCUCUCUCGAUAGCAUCACCUCAUCUAACUCAUCGAGGAAAGCGUCAGUCCGGGACUUUGAAGCAGGUUUCUGAAAAAGGUUGGCAAAAUGAUGUGCGAAGUGAUGCCGACCAUUAACGAGGGAGACUCGACGAGUUCCCAGAGAGGUUCUCAGAACGGCUCGGACGGGGAGUCCAAUUUCGAGCAGCUGAUGGUGAACAUGCUGGAUGAGAGAGAUAAGCUACUGGAGUCAUUGCGUGAGACCAGAGAUGCUCUUGUACAGUCACAGGCCAAGCUUCAGGAGGCCCUUCACGAGAGGGAUGCUCUCCAGAGACAGAUCAGCUCAGCGCUGCCACAGGAGUUUACAUCACUAACGAAGGAGUUGAGUGCAUGCCGGGAGCAGCUUCUGGAGAAAGAGGAGGAAAUCUCCGAGCUUAAAGCAGAGAGGAACAACACCAGGCUCCUCCUAGAACAUUUGGAGUGCUUGGUGUCGCGUCACGAACGCUCUUUAAGGAUGACUGUGGUGAAGAGACAGGCUCCUCCACCCUCUGGAGUCUCCAGUGAAGUGGAGGUGCUUAAGGCUCUCAAAUCUCUGUUUGAGCACCACAAAGCCCUGGAUGAGAAGGUGCGUGAGCGGCUGCGCGUGGCGCUGGAGAGAGUGACAACACUAGAGGGUCAGCUGGUAGCCGCCAAUCAGGAGCUUACCAUGGUGCGACAAGGAAGAGAUGGAAAGACAGAUGGGAACAAAAUGGACAGUGCAAAACCAGCUUGGAAGCGGCUUCCGAAUGGCUCCAUAGAUGUCCAUGAUGAAUCGACUCGUGCUGUGGAGCUGCAGGAGCUGCUAGACAAAGCUAAUAAAGAUCUGUCAGCAAGUCGUGAGCGCUUUAACACGUUGAAUACCCGUGUGGCUGAGCUAGAGAGCGAACUCGCCAAUGUGCGCAAGGAGCUUCUGAAGAGCGAGGAGAUCAGCACCAAACACCAGCGAGACAUCCGUGAGGCCAUGGCACAGAAGGAGGACAUGGAGGAGCGGAUCACAACGCUGGAGAAGCGCUACCUGGCUGCACAACGUGAAACAACCUCCAUCCAUGACCUGAAUGACAAGCUGGAGAACGAGCUGGCCACCAAGGACUCGCUCUAUAGACAGAGCGAGGAGAAGGUGCGUCAUUUGCAGGAGCUAUUGGAGCUGGCUGAGCAGAGACUACAGCAGACAAUGAGGAAGGCUGAAACACUGCCAGAGGUGGAGGCUGAACUGGCUCAGAGAGUGGCUGCUCUUACCAAGGCAGAGGAACGACAUGGAAACAUUGAAGAACGUCUUCGGCAAUUAGAGUCACAGCUAGAGGAGAAGAACCAGGAGCUGGGCCGAGCUCGUCAAAGGGAGAAAAUGAAUGAGGAACACAACAGGCGUCUGUCAGAUACAGUGGACCGCCUACUUACUGAAUCUAAUGAACGCCUGCAACUCCAUUUGAAGGAACGAAUGGCUGCCCUGGAGGAUAAAAAUGCACUCAUCCAGGAUCUGGAGAAUUCACAGAAGCAGUUGGAAGAGUUCCACCACAACAAGGAGAGACUGAUAGGGGAAAUUGAGAAGCUUCGCUCAGAGUUAGAUCAUCUAAAGAGAAGGAGCGGAGCUUUCGGAGAUGGAACACACCCUCGGUCUCAUUUGGGCAGUGCCACAGACCUGCGUUUUUCUGUGGUGGAGGGACAAGGGGAGCACUUUUCCUCUACAGGAGUCAUUCGGCGAGCACAAAAAGGAAGAAUUGUAGCACUCAGGGACGAGCCGACGAAGAUCCUACCGAUGGUUGAGCAGGACUGGGAGCGAUUACAGCCUUCUAGCCUCCGAGGCAGCCGCUCACACCUGAUGGGCAGUGACACAGAGCUCUCAGACCUGGAUGAUGACGACCGUGAGACCGUGUUCAGCUCAGGGGACAUGUUGUCUCCUAGCGGUCACUCGGAUGCUCAGACACUUGCCCUCAUGUUGCAGGAGCAGUUGGAUGCGAUCAAUGAGGAAAUCAGGAUGAUCCAGGUAGAGCGAGAAUCAGCCGAGCUCCGGGCAGACGAGAUUGAGAGCCGUGUAAACAGUGGUAGCAUGGACGGGCUGAACGUGACUCUCCGUCCACGGUCCACUAUUCCCACCUCGGUCACUGCCCUCUCCCUUGCUAGCUCUUCACCUCCCGUAAGCGGUCGCUCCACUCCAAAGAUGGCAUCUCGCUCCACUGCCCAUGAGCUCGGUGUCAUGACCCUGCCUAGUGAUUUACGAAAACACCGCAGGAAAGUCACUUCUCCAGUUGAAGCUCGUGAGGAUAAGGCCACUAUAAAGUGUGAGAUGUCGCCCCCUUCCUCACCUCGUAGUCUCAAACUCGAUCAGCUAAAUUUUGCUCAUCUGACUGGAAGCCUUGAAGAUGGAAGAGGUGGCAACAAAAAGAAGGGAAUCAAGUCCUCCAUUGGCCGUUUGUUUGGCAAAAAGGAUAAGCCCCAACCAAUGGGCAAAGAUGGCCAAAUGACCCCGCCUGUGAUUCCAGAUUUUGAAAUGAGCAUUGGAGAUACUAUGACCCUGGGCAAGCAAGCUGAGAGAGACCGCAGGAUGAAGAAGAAGCAUGAGCUUUUGGAAGAUGCACGGAGGAAAGGCCUUCCUUUUGCUCAGUGGGACGGCCCAACGGUGGUCUCUUGGCUUGAGCUGUGGGUUGGAAUGCCGGCAUGGUACGUUGCGGCUUGCCGUGCCAACGUGAAGAGUGGUGCCAUCAUGUCUGCGCUUUCUGACACAGAGAUCCAGAGAGAGAUUGGCAUCAGCAACCCACUGCACAGGCUCAAGCUCAGGCUGGCCAUCCAGGAGAUGGUGUCACUCACCAGUCCCUCAGCACCGCUCACCUCACGCACCUCCUCCGGAAAUGUCUGGGUGACUCACGAGGAGAUGGAGAACAUGGCAACCUCCACUAAAGCAGAGAACGAGGAAGGGAGCUGGGCACAGACCCUGGCAUAUGGAGACAUGAACCACGAGUGGAUAGGAAAUGAGUGGCUGCCUAGUCUCGGCCUGCCUCAGUACCGCAGCUACUUCAUGGAGUGUCUGGUGGAUGCUCGUAUGUUGGACCACCUCACGAAGAAAGACUUGCGCACACAUUUAAAAAUGGUGGACAGCUUUCACAGAGCCAGUUUACAGUAUGGCAUCAUGUGCUUAAAGAGGCUCAACUAUGACAGGAAGGAGCUGGAGCGAAGGAGAGAGGAGAGCCACCAUGAGCUGAAAGAUGCUCUGGUAUGGACUAAUGAGCAUGUGAUGAACUGGGUGCAGACCAUCGGGCUAAAGGAGUACAGCAAUAACCUUCUGGAAAGCGGCGUACACGGUGCUCUCAUCGCCUUGGACGAGAUGUUCGACUUCAGCAGCCUGGCCCUCAUCCUGCAGAUUCCCAUGCAGAACACACAGGCCAGGCAGAUCCUAGAACGGGAGUUUAACAAUGUGUUGGCCUUGGGGACUGACAGGCGUCUGGAGGAGAGCGAUGAUAAGUCUUUUCGGAGGUCCCCAUCAUGGAGGAAACGUUUCAGACCGCGGGAUGGCCAAGGCCUGGGCAUGAUGCCCGGUUCCAUUGAGACGCUACCCUCUGGCUUCCGCCUCUCCACCAUGUCCAUUCCCUCCUCCAUGAAUAUCAAUCCCAAGAAACAGCUGCAGCCUGAAGCUGGACCCCAAGCCCCUCAGAGACUUGACCCCUCUGCCAUCAGGACUUACUCUUGCUAACUCUGCUUUACUAACAACACUCAUUAUCAGUGCAUUCCCACUACCUGUAUGGACACACACUGGCGGCCUUUCGAGAGUGAUAUGCCAAAUUCCGAAGGGGUAUUGAUGUCCUCCUACCAAAUGAAACCAGUGCUUUCAAAAAUGGGAUAAAAAAAACAAAAACUCAAAAGCUGAAAUUUGAACUUUUGAACGCAUCUUUUGCGUAGCUGCUCUUAGAGGAGAUAUAUCGUCGUGUGAGUCACUUUCUAGUAGCCACAAGUUAUUUAGUCAUUGUGAUGGUAAUUUUCAGCUGAUGUACUUGGCCCUAGUCUGUCAGUUUUAGUCUACUUUCCAGGGUGUGUUGAUGGCAACUUAUUAGGCUUCCCCCUCUCUGGUUAUGCAAGGUAUUAAUCAGUCUGUCUGUAUAUACAAUUGAUUCUAAUUGUUUUUUUAUAUUAUAUAUAUAUUUAAAAAAAUGCAUAUAAAUGACAUAUAUUGGAAUUGUAUAUGGAAAAGAUUAUAUCAAUAUGAUAUGAAUACUGACGCUAUGUCUCAGUUGUGAUUGUUUCUGUUUGUUUGAAACUGUUUGACCAGUGUUAAACUUGUAGCUUCUGUUUUUGGACAGUGUACAUUUUGAAUUAAGCUGCCCUUUUCUGCUGAUCUGAGACCUGUUUUGCUUCUAAAAUAGUCAAGACCAUGUACAACGAGAAGGGCCAAAUCCAUCCCAUCCCAUCCCAGAUCAGUAGAACAAAGGGCUUAUAAUAUCAGUAGCAUUGAUGGUGUUAUUCGAAGAUGAUUGUUUGCAAUCACAUGAACAGUGCACAUCUAUAUGUCAGUUCAUUCCAAAAAAAAGAAAGAAAAAAUGAAAAACCUUCCAAGACUUAAACAUAAAAUGCAGCCCUUUAUAUUUGACCGAAAAUUGCUUAACUAGAUGUAUAAUGCUAAACAAAAGCAAUAGCUAUCCAUGUCUUCAUGUACUUCAUACAUACUUGACAGCACAGUUCGAGAACUUGUGAUAUUAUUGUUCUGUUUGAAUUUGUAGAGAACAUCAUUACCGUAUGAAUGAAUGGAUGAUGAGACGGUUUACAUUGAAAAACUGCUUGAAGUUUUUGAAAAAGGCAUGCAUUUAUACCAUUGUUUUUUAGGAAUGAGAUACCAGAUUUAGCAACCUACUCACUAGCAAUUGGGGAUAACAUCCCCAGUUUAUAUGGUAUAACAGCCAUGUAAAAGGUACACACACAUUUUCAUACACUUUAGAAACUUAGACUUAAACUUAGAUCUCUGUAGCAUUCGGUUGUUGAUUAAUUAAGUGAACUAUAUUAGCUAGCUGCAAUAGUUAGUUAGUUAGUUUGGAAUAUUGUGGAGAGUAGGUUGAUCAUCAAGAACAGCAUCCUGGCUAAGACCUUCUGUUAAUUUUCAUUUUCUUUUUUUCUCUCUCAUAUCCAGAAUUUACUGCCGUGUGCAAAGACCUUCUCAUGCUAAGUUUUAUGUUUAAUGUGUUGCUUGGUUCUUUUAAUACGUUAAUAUGGUUCUUCCUCUUGCAAAGUACAGUUUACAGUCAUUGUAGACAUGACAGCAUACACUAAGCUUACAGUAUGUCAUUUGGUAUUGGGUGUUAGUAUAGAAUAUUUUUACAAGUAUGACUAAAAGCGCAGUAUCAAAGCAAUACCCAAUACCAGCAGUGGUAUUGAUGCAUGCCUAGCUUCAAAGUAUACAAAUAUGUAAAGAGGUCUAUUUGUUGGUCCGUAAAUGGCUCACUACCUUCAAAUCACAUAACUGUCACACAGAACCUUAUCGAUACAAGUCUCACAUUAUUUGAGGAGCAAAGGUUUUUUUCCUAUUAGCAUUAGCCAAUUAAUCUACCUGUUGAAAUGUUUGAAUUGCAUAACUGGUAUCUUUUGGUUUUGUGUAUUUUUAUUUAUUUAUUUUUGUAAACAAUGAUUCUAUUACAAGACGUGC